UACUGACCGACUCAUGCCUCCUUCGGGUCCCAACACCGAAUCUAGGAGUCCACUCUCGCCCUACUCAUAAUGGAUCGUUUCUCAAACCCGACCCUUUCUGCGGCUGCUCCUGGUGGCGAGUGCCUGGUAGGGGGCCUUCUCUCGCUCCCUGCGUAUCCCGGCACCGCCUUUCGUUUCCGUCUUUCGGGUCUGGUAAGUGAGUGUGCAACUAUGUUGAUUCGUCGGCUUCAACGAUUAGGAACACGAGUGGUCUCAGAGUUGAGACGAGGGCAAGCUUCAUCUUUUCCUAGACGUACCUAUCUGUUGACACACUAUAAGGAAACACCGCAAACACAUUGUUGGGAAUAUGUGGUGUCUUAUGGAUUGUAUCUUCAAAAGAAACGCUCAUUUUCAACAUCCACUGAAGAUUGUAAUCCUGGCAAUCAACAGGAGAAAAAAAUGAUUUCAGUGACAUUUGUAAACAAAGAUGGAGAAGAGAAAGAAGUGAAGGUUCCUGUUGGAAUGUCCAUUUUGGAAGCUGCUCAUGCUAAUGACAUAGAACUCGAAGGAGCAUGUGAAGGCUCACUUGCCUGUUCUACGUGCCAUGUGAUCGUAAUGGAUAUGGAGUUCUACAACAAAUUAGAUGAACCUGUUGACGAGGAAAAUGACAUGUUGGACCUGGCAUUUGGCCUUACUGAGACAUCAAGGCUUGGUUGUCAAAUCAUAGCAAAACCUGAACUGGAUGGAAUUCGCCUAGCAUUACCAUCGGCCACCAGAAACUUUGCUGUUGAUGGAUAUGUGCCUAAACCACAUUGAAGGUUGGCACCUUCGAGACCCUCAGUAAGAUGCAGGGGAUUAUGUGAUAUGGAGUUGAUGGAGAUAUAUCUAACUACAGAGGAUACAAUUGUUCCCCGCUGUUGAUGGUUUAUCCGAGUGUAAAGUAUGUGAUAAACUCCGGUUCAUAAAGUUCUAGCCUCCAGUGCUAUUGCUCCUGUUAAAUUGAUCACCUUUGCUUGUAUCAGUUGAAAUUUUUGAGCACGGAAUAAUUUAUAGACCUUUCCUUCUUUUUAAA